GGGGCCCGCCCGGAUUCCAGGCUGGCUCCCGGUGUGACGUCACGCCCGGUCCCGGCCCCUCGCGCUCGGGAAAAUGCUGCUCUCGGUGCCGCCGCGCUCGGGGCUCCCCGCCUUCGCCUACAACAAGGGCGGCAAGAAGCAGCCCUAUGUGCCCCCGGCCCAGCCCCUGGGCCCCCCCAGCCCCAGCCCAGCCGGGGGGGCCCCGGACCAGCUCAGCAAAACCAACCUGUACAUCCGGGGGCUGCACCCCGGCACCACCGACCAGGACCUGGUCAAGCUCUGCCAGCCCUAUGGGAAGAUCGUCUCCACCAAAGCCAUCCUGGAUAAAACAACCAACAAGUGCAAAGGUUAUGGUUUCGUGGACUUUGACAGCCCCACAGCCGCCCAAAAAGCCGUGACAGCCCUGAAGGCCAGCGGGGUGCAGGCACAGAUGGCCAAGGUACCGACCCCCCCCCCAACAUCGCGCCCCCAGAGCCCCCCCAGGAGCCCCCUGCCCUGGGCUGACCCCUCCCCACAGCAACAGGAGCAGGACCCCACCAACCUGUACAUCUCGAACCUGCCACUGGGCGUGGACGAGCAGGAGCUGGAGGCGCUGCUGAAGCCCUUCGGGCAGGUGGUCUCCACCCGCAUCCUGCGCGACCCCCACGGCGCCAGCAGGGGCGUGGGAUUCGCACGGAUGGAAUCCACGGAGAAGUGCGAGGCCGUCAUCACCCACUUCAACGGGAAAUUCAUCAAAACCCCCCCGGGGGUGCCAGCCCCCCCAGACCCCCUCCUGUGCAAGUUUGCUGAUGGGGGGCAGAAGAAGAGGCAGAGCCAGGGCAAGUUUGUGUCCAACGGCAGAGCCUGGGCCCGGGACGGCGACACGGGCACCGUGACCUUGGCCUACGACCCCGCCACGGCGCUGCAGAACGGGUUCUACCCCGCGCCCUACGGGCUGGCCCCCGGCCGGAUGCUGCCCCCCGCCGCCCUGGCCCCCUACCUGCCCUCCCCGGUGUCCUCCUACCAGGUCCACGGCCCCGCCUGGAUGCACCAGUCCUACCUCGUGCAGCCCACGGGCGCGGUGCUGGCCCCCGCCGUUGACCACGCCGUCCCCCUCCAGCCCUCCGUGGUGGCCCCCCUGGCCCAGCAGCUCGGUCACCUCUCUCUGGGCAGCGCAGGCACGUACGUCCCCGCUGCCGCCGCCGUCCCCGGAGCCUUCAUCCCCCCGUACCCGCCGGUGCCCCCCGCCCUCCCGCUGGAGGACGGUGGAGCCGCCCCCACCCACGCCCCCAUCGAGUCUCCGUCCGAGCCCGGCGCCUUCCCCUACCCCUACCCCAAGUAGCGGCGGGGGCCCGGCCCGAGGGACCCCCCCCCCAAAACCACCCGGGAUGGGACCCCCGCCCCCCAAAAUCCCCCGGGACGGGACCCCCGCCCGGUGCCCCCCACCCCGGGAAAGCUCCGAGCUCCGGGUGGGGGUCCCGGCGUGGGGUUUGGGGGGGGGGGGUCCCUCUGUUCCACCCCCUCCUCUUCCUCCCCCCUCGGAGGGCUUUUCUUCCUCCCGCGUUUUCUAAAAAAACUGGGAAAACAAAAAAAACAAAAAAACCAGGAAA